AUGUUCGACAGAUUGAAAUUAACAUUCAUGUGGGGUCCAUCAGUUACCAACAGCAUAAUGUUCCAAGCAAUUCUCAAGAAUGAUUCAUGUCGUGCCGAAGUUGGCAAAAAAGUUUUCUAUUCAAAUCCAGAAAGCCUCGCAGUUAAUGAUCCUAUGCCUUUCAAAGUGACUGUCCCAGGAGAUGUCUAUGAUUUUGUUGACGAAUCUCUUGAGAUUACUCCAAGUCCUUUAUGGUAA